AUGGCCGCCGCCGCUGGUGCUCAGAUCUCCAAGAGGAGAAAGUUCGUUGCCGAUGGUGUCUUCUACGCCGAGCUGAACGAGUUCUUCCAGCGCGAGCUCGCUGAGGAGGGUUACUCCGGCGUCGAGGUCCGCGUUACGCCCACCGUCACCGACAUCAUCGUCCGCGCCACCCACACCCAGGAGGUUCUUGGUGAGCAGGGUCGCCGCAUCCGCGAGCUCACCUCCCUCAUCCAGAAGCGCUUCAAGUUCCCCGAGAACUCCGUUUCCCUCUACGCCGCCAAGGUCUCCAACCGUGGUCUGUCCGCCGUCGCUCAGUGCGAGUCCCUGAGGUACAAGCUCCUCAACGGUCUUGCUGUCAGGAGGGCAUGCUACGGUGUCCUGCGCUUCAUCAUGGAGUCCGGCGCCAAGGGUUGCGAGGUUGUCGUUUCCGGCAAGCUCAGGGCCGCCCGUGCCAAGUCCAUGAAGUUCACUGACGGCUUCAUGAUCCACUCCGGUCAGCCCGCCCAGGACUUCAUCGACACCGCCACCCGCCACGUUCUCCUCCGCCAGGGUGUCCUUGGUAUCAAGGUCAAGAUCAUGCGUGGUUCUGACCCCGAGGGCAAGGCCGGCCCCCAGAAGUCCCUCCCUGACUCCGUCACCAUCAUCGAGCCCAAGGAGGAGCAGCCUAUUGUCCAGCCCAUGUCCCAGGACUACGGCGCCAAGGCUAUUGCCGCUCAGCAGGCCGCUGAGCAGCAGAGGCUGGCCGAGCAGCAGGAGCAGGAGGGCCAGGAGGCUCCUGCUGAGUUCGCUCAGGAGUAA